AGCGCAGAGACUCGCACUAAAGUCAGACGCGCGCCGCUUUUGGAGAGUCAAGUCUGGUCAAGUCUGCACUCACCAGUGACCCUCCUGCGUAGGCUAGUAGCUGUAGUUUCCAUAAACCUCCAGAGAAAUGUCAUUGUGAAAAGUUAUUUGACAUCAAUAUCGUUGCCGAAUAAUUUUCUUUGCUUCUCGUUUCAAGUCAGGGAGCUCCGAACUGGAUCAGCAGAGCUCUUGAUGCGGAGAUGCCACAGUUCAUUCGAUAUGUACAGUUUAUACCUGAAAUAAUUUCUUAAAGGGAUUUGAAUUCCUUUACCAAGAGGAUUUUGACAUUUAAUUUUUUGUGUUUUGAAAUUGGUGGAUUAUUGAGACGUGGAAAUUGUAAAACCGAGUUCCGUAAUAACUGGAGUUUUUUCAGAGGAUAUUCAAAUUCUCACACUUAGUUACGCCGGAAUAAAAUAUUUGGAAAGGGAUUUACAACACGUUUACAAGAGGAAGAUAAUUAAAUCGGAUCCCCGCUUUUACAGAUUCUUGACUCUGAAUCUAAUAAGGCUUUUAAUUCGUCAUGAUGUGGAUUUAUUUCUACUUCGUUCUUUUUCUAUUAGACGGAGUUGCGUACUCCUCGGGCGGUUCCUAUUCGGCCCUGGCUGGGACGGGUGCCCAUGGCUGGGUGGAUUGCGUGAGGGCCAGUGACAUGUGCAACCAGAACCCCCAGUGCAGCUCCCGCUACCGGGUGAUGCGGCAGUGCCUGGUGGGCAGAGAGAGGGACACCAUGCUGGCCAACAGGGAGUGCCAGGCUGCCCUGGAGGUGCUGCUGGUCAGCCCGCUGUAUGACUGUCGCUGUAAAAGGGGCAUGAAGAAAGAGCUGCAGUGUCUGCAGAGCUACUGGAGCAUCCACAUGGGCCUGACCGAAGGUCGAGAGUUUUAUGAAACAUCCCCUUAUGAACCUGUGAUGCCUGUUCGCCACCCUGAUGCAUUCCGUCUCGCUUCCAUUAUCUCAGGGAUGCACACUGUCACCCCUAAAGCCAACACCUGCUCUGACCCCAGCAAGACUUGUAACCCGUGCCUGGACGCAGCGAAGGCCUGCAACCUCAACAACACCUGUAAGAAACAGCGCUCCACCUACAUUGCCACUUGCAGCAAAGGGGAACCGUGUAACCGUAAGCGCUGUCACAAGGCCCUUAGGCAGUUCCUGGACCGUGUGCCCACCGACUACAGCCACCAGCUGCUCUUCUGCCCCUGCCAGGACCUGGGCUGUGCUGAACGGAGGAGGCAGACCAUCGUGCCCUUCUGCUCCUUCGAGGACAAAGUCAAACCCUACUGCCUGGAGCUAAGGAAGAACUGCCGCCAAGACCCCCUCUGCAGAUCUAGACUGGCAGAUUUCCACAUGAACUGUAUGGUGUCUCAACAUACGGUCAGCAGCUGCCCAAAUGAGGACAACUACCAGGCCUGUCUGGCCUCCUACGCCGGCCUCAUUGGGACAGAUAUGACUCCCAAUUACGUGGACGGCAGUUUCACCAACUGGACUGUCUCCCCAUGGUGCACCUGUAAAGGAAGUGGGAACCAGGAAGAGGAGUGUCAGAGCUUUCUGAAGGACUUCACAGAGAACAUGUGCUUGAGAAAUGCCAUUCAAGCAUUUGGUUAUGGAACAGACAGUCUCUCCCACAAAGCUGAGUCUGUCCCAUUGACACCCUCCAUGAAGCCUGGAUUAGAGACCUCAAUCAGCACCUCAGAGCCUCUAGAUAACCCCAAUGACGUCCAGCCUGAGGAUGAGGCCAACGGGAAGGGAAAUGUACCAAAGUGGAAUCUCUCAAAAGGCUACAUUGGUGGAGAUGGACCUUUACUGGAGCCCAGCAGUGGUUACGAUGGCCUGACCAGACCCAAGGGUCCUCCUGAAGACGGGUCACCCUGUGUCUGUGCCAGUGUCUGGGCGCUGCUGCUCAGCCUGACCUCCGCCGUGGCCAACUAUGCCCUAUAAACCUCCCCGUGGGUUGUCGUUGACCAACAAGCUGAUCCCCAACACAGAUGCUUGUUCGAGGAUGUUUUUUUCUUUCUCCCAGGCAUUGUCAUGCUAUUUCAAAAAGGAGAGGCAGAGAGAACACAAUCUGAGAUAAACUGAAAUAUUAUUUAUUUGAUGUAACAUUUUGGGUUUUGAGGACCACUAUGAUCAAGAAAAUGGCUUAUGGACCCUUAUCGUGGUGAAGCCUCAGUGGCCGUUGGCAGUGGCUGUCUUCCCAUCAGUAACACUGACAAAGACUCAAAGUAUCAUGUCAAAGACUUCUGCACUGCUGUCAUGACAAAGAGGAGAGCGAGAAAGACAGAGCGAGAGAGUGAAAGAGAGAGGGCGUGAGAGAUGGAAAUGGAGAGAGAGAGGAGAGAGAGCUAUGCUGUCUGUCACGCGUUUUCCUCUUGAAACAGUGCUUGACUUUUUAAAGGGACAAACCUCAAACUUUGUUUCCAUUACUUGCAGACACAGAAGAAUUAUGACAUUUGUGUCUUUUCAAAAGUGUAAGGCCUAGAUUCAAUCAGAUCAAGCAUUAACCAGUGAUAGCAUAGCUGUGGUUUUGGCCAUGUUGGAGGUAGAACUGCGUUGGAGCUCUUGUGAUCAUUGUCACGAAGUCACACCUGUCCCACUCACGUUAGAAGUUCAGAACGAGAAAGUGUAGGCUAUAUAGAUAUAUUUACUCUCAAAUUGAAAAUCAUGAAACUAAA